AUGAGGACAGCCAGCGGAGCGAGCGACAACAACAUGGGCCUCACCCCGGUGCGCAUAAGGGGGAAACAAAAGCGUAAAUCCCCAGGUACCACUCCUUCCAUGACAGCAGAGAAUGCGCCCACAAAGAUGAAGAGAUCUCUGGACUCGGUUCGAGCUAGCCGCUCAUCUCGUCAUCGUCAUCGUCCUACUCUCGAUUCUCUGCCAGUCGAGCUUCUGGAAAGCAUCCUCUUGUAUUCAGAAAACCUGUCACUCCCUCGAUCCAACCCUCUGAUUGGGGCAAAACUCUCUGGGAAAGCUACCAAGUUGCGUUUGUUCAUGACGGCCUUCCACGACACCUGGAACCAAUGGUUUGGCAUUCCCAGAUGUGAGGUAUACGGGCCUGAGCAGGAUCCGAAUAACGACUUCCUGUGUGACGGCGACCCUUCGUUCCAGUCUGCUGUGUUAGGCCUCCCCUGGGUAGACAUCGACCUCAUUCUGCAGGCGCAACAGACUUGGUCAGAUAGAUAUGCCCGAGACAGAUGGUACCAGCACAGUCUCACGUUUAAAGAGGGUCUAGACAGACCGGAUGACGGCCACGACGGUGGAUAUUCGCACUUCAACGCUCGGGAGUGCUUCGAGGCAGAUUAUGAGCGAGCUCUUUCCUGGCCUGCAUUUGAAGCCAACCCCAGGUUAUGGGGUACGGUGGAUAUUCAUCCCAUGGUUCGCAUCCCCAUGGACUUAGUCAUAGGCCCGUGGGAUGAUGAAAUGAAACGGCGCCUCUUUUGGCUCACUCGUGGUUGUUUAGACCUAGCUGCGGACGACCAGAUUUCUUGGGAGCUCAAGGUGGAGUGUCUCCAGAAUGUGGUGCUAUUUGAAGAGAAGCCUGAUCCCUUGCUUGUCAAUUGCCUUAUUAAGGAUUGGGUCUUUACGGAUUUACCAGAGGAUGUUGUGCGGGAGCACGUCGCCAAUAUUGACAAACGUCUUGAAUGGGGGUGUGAUGAUUAUGAGUGUAGGGAAAUUCUUAGCCGGGUACGGCGGGACUUAUUUUAUAAUGGAGCUUCUCCCGUUCAUACAGAGAUGUGA